GCCACAAUUGUCUUGGGCAUAAUUUCUCCUCUAAGCGAAGUGGGCAACGGACGGCAGGUGGGCCGGCUCGGGUAGAGAACCCUCUCUCUGGCACGCACAAGCCGGGCGCAUGCCCUUUUCGCCCCCGCUCCCGCCGUCUUCCCGAUAGAGUAGAAGCGACGCGGUUCAUCCGCGCGCUUCGGAGUUGGAGGGCGGCGCCCAGGACUCUGGUGGGAGAGUGUCGGCACCUCGCGCGAGGAAGGGCGGGAGGCGGCAGUGGCUGGCAGUCGAGGAGCCCAGCUCGCAGAACCUCAGCUCGAGGAGAUAGGGGAGCACGGCGCUGGGUUCAGGCAUAGCGUCUCCGGAGCCGACGGCCGGCGUGCGGACAGAGCCAUGGUUCGUCCUCCUAACCCGCGACCACUGGCGCCCUUAUUCCUGCUGCUGCUGCUACCGCUGCCGCUUGGAGCCGCAGACCCUCUCCCUAUAGAGGGCCGGCUCGUGAACAGCUGUAUUCAGGCCAGGAGGAAGUGCCAGGCCGGUCCUGUUUGCAGUGCUGCCUACCACCACCUGAAUUCCUGCACCUCUAGUAUAAGCACCCCGUCACCCACACAGGAACUUUUGGUCCCUGAGGACUGCAGGGAGGCAGCAAAGCACCUCAGGAAUAGCUCUCUGAUGAGCUGCACAUGCCAUCGGCGCAUGAAGAACCAAGUUGCCUGCCUGGACAUUUACUGGACCAUUCACCUUGCCCGCAGCCUUGGUGACUAUGAACUUGAUGUCUCCCCCUAUGAAGACACCGUGACCAGAAAACCCUGGAAAAUGAAUCUCAGCAAACUGAACAUGCUCAAACCAGACUCAGACCUCUGCCUCAAGUUUGCCAUGCUAUGUACUCUUAAUGAUAAGUGUGAUCGGCUGCGCAAGGCCUAUGGGGAAGCGUGCUCGGGAUCCCGCUGCCAGCGCCACACCUGCCUCCAUCAGCUCCGCGCCUUCUUCGAGAAGGCUUCGGAGCCCCACGCUCAGGGCCUCCUGUUGUGCCCCUGCGCACCGGCCGACCAGGGCUGCGGGCAACGCCGGCGCAACACCAUCGCUCCCAGCUGCGCUCUGCCGUCUGGGGCCCCCAACUGCCUGGAGCUGCAGAGCCUCUGCGUCGCUGACCCGCUGUGCAGAUCUCGCCUGGUGGAUUUCCAGACCCACUGCCAUCCUUUGGACAUCCUAGGGACCUGUGCAACAGAGCAGUCCAGAUGUCUGCGAGCAUACAUGGGGCUGAUUGGGACUGCCAUGACUCCCAACUUUGUCAGCAAUGUCAACAUCAGUGUUGCCUUAAGCUGCACCUGUCGAGGCAGUGGCAACCGGCAGGAAGAGUGUGAACAGCUGGAAGAGUCCUUCUCCCACAACUCCUGCCUCAUGGAGGCCAUUGCAGCUAAGAUGCGUUUUCACAGCCAACUCUUCUCCCAGGACUGGGCAGACUCUACCUUUUCCGUGAUGGAACGCCAGAACAAAAAUCCUGCUCUGAUGCCACAGCCCUGGGUGCCCUCUCUUUUCUCCUGUACACUUACUUUGAUUCUUCUCCUGAGCCUCUGGUAGCUGGACUUCCCCUGGGCCCCUCUCCCCUCUACCACACCAGCCUGACCUUCAGCCUGCAAGGGGUAAGGAAAGAGCGGCAUCAGGAAGGAGGUGCAGUAAACAACAUGGCGACCCUCAGUCCAUACUGCAUAUCCAACUGACUCCACAUGGGGCCAUCGUUGAAACUGACUCAUUCCCUCCUCAGCCCUUCCUUAGGACUUGGUGACCAUGAUUUAGCCAUAUCUUCUGGUGGAGACCAUCUCUACCAGUCUCUCUUAUAAUCCUUUCCUCUUGCCCACCAGAAUCACCCAGGCUCUAACAAAUCAGUCAUUAUCUAUUGCAUUCUCCAGGUAGGCAGGGCUGGAUGUUCUGAGGCAGCAUAGAAAGACAGUCCCCAUUGUAAGGAAGGCUGGUGCAAGACUCCUACCCCCUUGUCUCCUCCUCUGAAUGGGAUAUAGGAACCUAGUGCUUACCCUACCUGGGGAUCCAUCAGAGCAUUUGAGCCUCAGGAGAUGGAACAUUUGGGUUUUGCUUUCUUCCUGCUACUGUCCUGAAGUAUCCCCAGCCCCUUGGAUCAUAAUUAAACAUUUGGCUUAAAA